UUUUGUUUUGUUUUUGUUUGUAUGCAAACCAGCAGCAGCAGCGUUGCGCGGCGAUGCUUGUCAAUGCUCAGCAGCAGCAGCAGCAGCAGCAGCAACAGCAGUUCGACGACCCCGCUGCUCGGCCCACCAACCACCUCCCCUCGCGACGACACUGCACACGAGUCGUCAUCCAUCACGAUGCCACCUGCGCAGCCUGCCCUUCCGCUCCAGAGCAGCCCUGCGUUCGUCCCGUCGUCCUCGUCCCUCUCUCAGCAGCAGCGCUUCCAGCCAUCGACCGCUGAGCCCAUCUCGGCCGCCGAGUUUGCUGCUGCCGCCCAGCAAGCAGGCAUCACUCCCAAGUCCCACAUUGCGAUCGCGGUGAGCGGCGGUCCGGACAGCAUGGCGCUCGUGGCGCUUCUACACAGAUACAUGAUGACCUCACGACUCGGCUCGAGUCAAGCGACAUCCGCAUCACAGCCAUCAAACGAGACCGUUGCUGCUGCUGCUGCUGCUGCUGCAAUGCCCAAUACACCGACCGCCCGUGGUGGGAAACAGCGGCGUGACGAAGCCAAGUCUGCAAUUCGAUCCGGUUUGGCCAACAGCACCCAGGACCACACCUCCAACAAGAAGCCUCCUCGGAAUCUGCUGGCAUUCACGGUAGAUCAUGGAUUUCGACCAGAAAGUGCUGACGAAGUCGUGUUUGUCAAAAAGUUGCUCGAGCGCCGAUUCGGGAUUCAAACCUACCCGCUCAAAAUUACAUGGCCUGACGGGUUGCCAAGCGGACCCAGCAAGCUCGGCGAUGCUCGAGAUCAGCGAUACCAAAUGAUGGCCGAUGAGCUGGUCAAGAUGCGGCAAACCCUCGAGACGGCAGCGCAAACAGCCAGUCCGACAUUUGCUGCUCCGGCCGCCCAUCUGCCGUAUGCGAGCCACUAUACUGCAGCGGAUGUGGCGCUGUUCUCGCAACGCAGGCGUCGAACUGCUCAGCUGCUGGCUCAGUUGUGUGAAACGGCUGGCGGGGGAGGCGGAAAAUUGCGCACUGCAGAUUUGGCCAACAUCGAAAUCCCCACCAUUCGCACUGGUCCCUUUGUUCGGGAUCGACCGCCUCGUCUGGAUGACGCCUGGAUGAGUCAUUAUCUCCACUCGUUCAUCAUUGAUCAAGCUCUAUCCAAGGUGGAUGCGGACAUUCCUCCAAACGCCCCUGCCAAAUCCAUGUUUUCUCCGGUGUUGGCCGUGGCCCAUCACGCCGAUGAUCGUCUCGAAAGUAUGAUUAUGCGGUUUUCGCGCGCAAGUCAGAUGGACGGGCUGAGAGGCCCAAUGGCUUGGUACAAUCGGCUUUCGCCAGACAACAGCAGUUUCUUUUCGAUUGUUCGUCCGUUGCUGCCGUUUCCCAAAGCACGACUUGUUGCUACAUGCGAGGCAAUGGGCGUCCCCUAUGUGCGGGACCCGAGCAACGAUGAUUUGGCAUUCCGCCGCAAUUCGGUUCGGUUCGCGCUGCGUGCUCUGCCAGGUGAAGUGGCAGCGGCAAUUGCGACUUCCGAGACUCGCUCGACAAUCCCUGCCUGUUCGCAGCAACCAGCAGCGCCACAAAAGCAGGGUCGAUCAAAUAAAGUUGCGUCGACCAGUGCUACUUCCAGCGCCAAAAGCGCAACAGCCACCACUCAACCAUCGCUCGACCUCAUUGCUGGGCUGACCAGAUUGCAACACAAGAUCGUCACGACUUCGGAGCUAGUCGAACGUGAAGUGCAUGAAGCGCUGAUAAAACACUCGAUCGUCCAUCCCCUUUUAGGCUGGUGCCUGCUGGGGUGGGAGCUAUUCAGUCCAGCCGUCCCAGCUGACGUGGCGCUUCGGGCGGUCAAGCGAACUCUUGGGUACUACAGCAACGACACGGUACUGAGAGCCACAGCUGCAGGACUGACCCGGUUGCUGCAGGACAUUCGCUCCUUUGAUCGUGCUCAGUUUGGCGAGCGCGAUAACAAGGGAAAGGCCAACAACUCCAGUGGCAGUCGCGGAUGGUUCCACCCGUCCUUCCUGGCUCCGAUUACUUGCACGUUGCCCAACGCCGAUCUCCUCGAGAGGGUUUUUGGCUCGCGGCGGCGAGACCAAUUUGUGCCGAUUCGCUCUGCCAACCACUGCUCCAUCAAUGCCGUUCCUGAGGGAGUAUUGUUUGUGAAUUUGGCUCAAAACUCGCGCAGUCUGUUCGCCCCACCGCAACUCUCCUCGCCGUCCUCCGACGGCUUUGUCACGGCCUCGUAUGCAGUCAGGUUUGAGCACAUGAUGGAUUUGACCAUGACGCUGCGGCUACCAGAAGCAGUUGCUCACUCGUUGCGGACGACACCGUCCACGGCCGAGCUCCAAGUGCGUGGGGGAACACGAGCGAAUACGUUGCUCUCCAGCAUCACCAAACCGCCUGGCCAUCCGUUCCGAGGCGUUCCGUUUGUCCGGCGCUACUUGGCCUCCGAGGACGGCAUGUAUUUGCCAUGGAACCUAAAGUUCACGGGCCAAGCCCAUCGCUUCCGCAACGCCCUGCAACCGCAUCUCCUCACCAUUGAGGCCCUUCGUGGCGUCCCAGUCAUUGCAGAUCUCGAUGGACCGAUCGCCAUUCCCCAUUUUGGCGUGGUCUUGUGCGAGCAGAUUGUGGAUUGCAGCGUACGCAAUGUCGUCUGGUGGCGAUCUCGGCGGACGAGUCCGGGCUUGGCCGAACUACUCCCAACUGGGUCAAGUUUGUAAACAGCCACAGACUGCAAGCAAUCCGAUGCGUGCUUUGGGUCAACGAUAAGACAAUAUUUGUUGAAAACAAAAGUUUACACAGCUUCAUCGAAUGCAAACGCAAA